AUGCAGGCGUGGAAUCUGGAUUGUAGCUGUCUCAUUGACAAGAUGUCUGCCUUGCGCCAUCCAUUGAAGGCGUUACGCGUGCAUCUACGGGAAAACGUGGUGGCAGAGAUGGCCUUCGUUGUUGCGCCCUCUCUUGGCCACCCCACCUUCUACCGCUCACUAAGCAAUACCCUCACAGCAUCUUGCAGUACCAGUGGCAGCAACACAGGUCACUCCUGCUCUACGCACACGCUGCGUACUGGGCAACGAAGGUGCAGGCCUUUGGCCCUGCCCAUAGAUGACUUUCUUACUGUACCCCGCCGGCGGAACCCUGCUAUUCGGACACGUGCUUUAGCCUCGCCCACUCUCUGGAGCAUAGCGCCGGGAUUGCACCCGCUCACAUGUCUGUCGUUGCCAAGCCACGUUGGGCCAAUGUCACGCAAUGUCCUCGUUCGUUCAUCGCCCAUUCACACUACCAGCGUGUCGCCCGGGCAUGGCGGCGGUAGCAGCGGCAGCAGCAUGGAUGAAGAUCUCAGCCUUGUUGGCGUUGCAUCCGGGGGUAGCACGUCCAAGGCAGUCACCGCGGCGGCGGCAGCAGCACACGGCACAACCAGCGCAGCGGCAGACUCACCGCAGCAGCCGCUCUCGUUGUAUGAAGAUCUCGAGGAUGCCUUACCUUAUCGCAACGGCGUUAGCACUAAUGGUAACGGCAGUGCAGGCGCUGUUGCGUCGCACGGCAGCGUCGACCUGCAGCCGCACAAUGUCUCGACCUCUGCCGCCACCGCCGCUUCCAGUUCCCCUGGGGCCUCCUCAACCACCACCCCGGAGGAGGUCUGUGUAGUGGAGGUAGACUCUAAUGGCAACGCUACCACACAUUGCAUGCCUGUUUCGACGAUAAAUACCGUUGCCGAUGUCAUGCAAACCGUCCCUGACGCUGUUGCCGUGGCGGCUGCAGCAAACGCAGCUUCCGUGUACGGCGUAUCGCCACCUGCCACAGCAACUCCCGCCAGCGUCCGGCCCAUGCCAACCGUCGUUGACGCAGCAAUAUCCGUCAGUUUACGACCUGCCGGAUUUGGCUACCGCGACGCCAACAGCGCGGCGCACAUGGUCUCCGGAGGUGACCUCGCUGCCGACGUCGGCUUCGCUGCCGCCAGCACGGACCAGGAUGGCAGCGGCGCCAAUCCUAGGAUUGGCGGCUCGGCUGCCGCAAUGGGCCCCGCCGGUGGCAGUGUGGAUAUGGCGGACACGCCUGAGGGGCUCACUGACGUAGAGGUCUCCUCUGUGGCGCCCGUGGCGGACUGGCUUAAGGACCAGGAUGACAUCACCACACUCACCUACGCAGUGCUGACAGGAGGCCUGGUGGCGACGGCGGUGUUCAUCUUUGACGUAUCCAUUCAGACCAUUCACGACCUGCCUGAUAUAUUCAGCACGGAUCUGGGCAUUGGUGGCGGUCGCAAAACUGGCCUGGAGAUUUUCGGCACGGCGGUGCCGUUCCGCUGUGUGAUGCCUGUGGCAGCCGGCUUCGUGGUGGCCUGGUUGCAAAAGGUGGGCUUCAGUCCCGCCCUCAAGGUGCUCACACGGGCCAUGGAGGGAGUCACGGAUGACGCCAACAAGGCCGCGCUGCCAAAGUCCUACUGGCAGGUGGCCCGCAAGGCCAUAGCCAGUGCCGUGACCCUGGGCAGUGGGGCCUCCCUAGGCCCUGAGGCCCCCAGUGUGGAGCUGGGGGCCAACACGGCGGCGGUCAUUGCGCCCAAGAACCUUAGCAAGCGAAGACAGAGGAUGCUCAUUGCCGCAGGCGCCGCGGCAGGCGUAUCGGCCGCCUUCGACGCCCCCGUGUCGGGUGCUCUGUUCGCUGUGGAGUUUGUACUCAAGAGCAGUCGUCUGGGUCUAGACCGGCUGUCCACCUCCACGGUGUUCGUGUCUACCUCUGUCGCUGCUGGGGUCAUUGGCUUCCUGCGUACUCAGGGUCAGGCGCUGGGGAUUGCGGGAGCUGGAACUCACCUGGUCGGUCGCAUCCCAUACUUUUCCAUUCAGCCCAACCUGUUGGUCGAUGUGCUGCAAUUCUCCGCCCUGGGUCUAGGUUGUAGCGUGGCUGCUGUGGCACUAUACGAGGGUGUACGUGUGUCGGAGAUUGCCCUUCGGCCGUUGCCCCGCUGGUUGUCGGCGCCCACGGCGGGUGCCCUCUGCGGGAUCAUCGCCUACCGCUUCCCACAGGUCCAGUACGGCUACGUGAAUCUGGAGGAGAUCUUCCGUGACUCUACGGGUAUGUCCGCGGCGGACCUGACGGCGUUGCUGACGGCCAAGAUUGUGGCCACGUCCGUGUGUGUCGGUGGCGGCCUGGUGGGCGGCCUCUUCGCACCCUCCCUCUUCCUGGGCGCGCUGGUCGGUGAUGUGAUGGGUCACUUCGUUGCCGGCCCCUGGGGCCUCCCCGAUCCCACCUCCCUGGUGGUGGUGGGUGCUGCUGCGGUGCUGGGAGCCGCCUGCCGAGCCCCCCUUACCGCCAUCGCACUCAUGGUGGAGAUCACCCGGGACACGGGACUGCUGGUACCGCUGCUGUCAGCCAUUGGAGUGGCCUCGUUAUUCACGGACUAUCUGGAGGGAAUAUUCUCAAAGCGCCUGGAACAGGCGCUGGUUGAGCUCUAUCUGCGGGAGAAGGCCUUCUUCUGGGCGGCUAGCCUCGUAACGCCCCCUGGGGCCGCGGCUGGGGAUGGGGUAAAGACAGUGGAGGACGUGUUGGGCACCCGUGCCAACCUGUACGUGCGCCACACGCUGCCAUUGGCCCAAGCCAAGGCCGCCAUGGCUGCCAAGGGCUCCUCCGCAGCCGUGGUGGUGGACGACAACUUCUCUCCCCUGGGGGUAGUGUACCUUGAGGACGUGGAGGCGGAGCUCAUCAGGCAGCGACUGCUCAACGAACCUGACGCCAACUUCAACAGGCAGUAG